UAAAAUCGGGACCCAUAGAGAUAAAGCCCUAAAACCCUUGGGCCUUUGGUUUCGGCAAAUAUAUAUAUAUAUAUCUUCGGAGGCGCCGAUCCUAGUCUUGUUCAUCCAUCUUCACCCAUACCAGUUAAACCUCAGCCGAAAGAUUCACUCAAGAGAAAAUGAAGAACCCUAAAGUUUUCUUCGACAUAGCAAUCGGAAAGAUAAAGUCUGGACGAGUAAUUAUGGAGCUUUUCGCAGACACCACCCCUAAGACCGCAGAGAACUUUCGAGUCCUCUGCACUGGAGAAAAAGGGAUUGGAUCUGCAGGGAAGCCUUUGCAUUACAAAGGCUCUACAUUUCACCGCAUUAUCCCCAAUUUCAUGUGCCAAGGUGGAGACUUUACUAGGGGUAAUGGGACAGGUGGAGAGUCUAUCUACGGUAUGAAGUUUUCCGAUGAGAACUUCAAGCUUAAACAUACGGGUCCUGGUAUUCUGUCUAUGGCGAAUUCUGGACCCAACACCAAUGGAUCACAGUUCUUUAUCUGCACCGACAAAACAAGCUGGCUCGAUGGAAAGCAUGUUGUGUUUGGGAAGGUUGUGGAUGGCUAUAAUGUGGUUCAAGAGAUGGAGAAGGCAGGUUCUGAAACUGGACGCGUUUCGUCUACUGUUGUGAUUGAAGAUUGUGGCGAAAUAGUUGAGGGUUAAGGAAAUGUGUUUGCGGGGAAGGUUUUCGAGUCGUUUUGGUAAGGAUUUGAACUAAAAAUAGUUUGUAGGCUUCAUCUUGGACUACUGAUUUCUGCCUUUUGAGAGGAAUAUGACUUUCAUUUCUCUUAGAUUUGAUGGUUUUCAAUAACAAUAAUGAUUUCAUUAUGCAAAAUUCAGGGUUUAUUUCAUAGAGUAAGUAACCCUUUAAUGUAUUUGAUUAUACCCUAUAGGACAAACUGCCACUAUUUUAAGGAUAUCUAAAAAUAGUUGGCAUGAUCCAUAAAUUGAGGACCUUAACAAAUCCCUACCAUUCAUAGAUUCUGGUUAAGACUAUUUAAGCACCCAAAGAGGUACAAUGAACUCGUCGUCCUUUUCUUUCUACAAAUCCCUUUAUAUUUGUUUAAUAGAAAGAAUUGAUGACCAAAUUUAAUCCAAUCUUUAUCCUUUCACUUUUCCUAAUAUUGGGCACUGUCUCAUCGU